AUGACUCUGCAGAGAGGUAACGACUUGAUAGGCCGAGACGUCCUUCUAACACAGACUCAACAGGCAGCCAGGUCAUCGGUGCCCCCAUUCUCGGUGAAUACCGCUACUUCUUCAAUCGACCUCCCUGAGCUUUAUAUCCCGAGCCUUCUUGAUGUCGCCGUUAGGGAAUACAGUGCCUGGCAGCAGUCACGUUUGAGUGAUGAGACGUUGAAGGCCGAGGUCAGAAAAGCGUGCGAUAUAGCUCUAGAUUAUGGACUAGACUUGGUGUAG